AUGGCGCAAGAUGAGGAAGCUGACGUGGAGACCGGUCUGGUGCAUCCUGUGCCACCGACACCGCUGCGAAAGAGUUUCAACAUCCUCUUUCUCCGGCUGCUAAUGACGGUUCUGUUUGCGGUGCUCCUUUCCGGUAGUGCCGCCCUGACCUUCGUCCUCACGACCCGGUCCGCAUCGAGCUCGGUUGCGGACUUGGCGUGCGGCCUCGGACAGGAGCUUUUGGACCGCGGUUCGGACAACUUCAUGGGACUCUUCCACGAGGCGGACACGUGCAUGCGCACGCUUGCAGGAAACGUCGCGCUGAUCAACCAGUUGGCCGUGAACGAAACGCUGGUCGCGCGCCAGAACAUUGUGUAUCAAUCGACGCUAACGACCAUCAGAAACUGCGUGGCCGUGAAUGGAGUCGGGGUGGUUCGCCAGAAUGGGAGGUAUAGCAUCCUUUAUACUCCGUCGAACACAAGCAAACCUCUCGCAAACGAGACGCUGCUGCUGGUUUUCUCCAACCGCACCGUCCCUGAAGGAGAACCGUUGCCUCGCUUCUACGCGGUUCUCAACAAAACGACGGCGUCUCCUCUGUACGGCGUGUCCAGCAUCGUGGCCCUGGAUCCGUUAGACUUCCGCCAACGGGCCUGGUACCGCCAGGCGCUGACGUCAGCGGACGGGUUCGGAAGUGAGAUUCGCAUAGAGGCGCUGUCGGGGAGGCCCACUCUAGUUCUCGGCCAGCGGGUUACUCUCGAAAGCACGGGCGAAGUUGUGGGCGUUGUCGCGCUCUACUUUUACUUGGAUACGAUCACCAAGUUUCUAGAGACGUUCAACCUUCGGCGCGGUCUGAUGUACUUCACGAACGGGACGCACAUAGUGGCGGACUCCCAGGGGGCUUCCGCUGACGCCCGCGCAGCGCUGAUACGGCCGAACGAGUCGAGCAGUGACGUCAUCCGGCAGGCGGACGCCUACGUCGCAGCCGUGAGCGGAUCGAACGGACGGAACGGGACGACGGCGGCGCUGAGCUGCCAGGGUGACGUCAGCCUGGGCGGGUCGAAGUACUACAUCCAGACGAAGCCGGUGUCGAUCCGUGGGAUAACGUUCUGGGGCACCCUGGUGAUGCCACGUGGCGCGGUUAUGGGGCAGAUCGACUCGAACGCGCGGCACAUGAAAGUCAUCAUCAUGGUGACGACUAUCGCGUUCUUGAUUGUCGGGUGCACUCUGAUCGUACUCUUCACCGAUCCAAUCAGCAAGGAGAUGCGGCUUAAGGCGCAAGUAAUCGAGAACCUGGAGGCCAAGCGGCGUGCGGAGACGCGGGACGCGUUCAAGACCAAGUUUCUCGCGACCAUUAGCCACGACUUGAGAAACCCGUCUGCGGCAAUGGUCGGUCUCCUCGACAUGGUUCUGGAAACAAACCUGUCGUCGGAACAGAGCGAGCAAGUAAAGCAAGUCAAGGAGUGCGCGCUGCAGCAGCUCGACCUCCUCAACGAGGUUCUAGACUUCAGCAAGAUUGAGGCCGGCAAAAUGUCGUUGGACAAGGCCCUCUUCGAUCCGGUGGAGCAGCUUGAGACGCUGGUGGAACUCUACGGGGUCACAUGCGCCAAGAAGGGAUUAGAGAUAUUGCUCGAAGUUCAAGACGCUGUGCCUCGAACGCUCCUAGGCGACGCGCUGCGCUUUCGGCAGGUCGUCUCCAACCUUCUGAGCAACAGUGUGAAGUUCACCAAGGACGGCUUCAUUCGCGUCAGGUGCUCUUUGGCGCCUCCGGACGAGUCACGACCGGUGGAUCUUCCUGCGGUCAAUUUUCCCCAAGCCCCUUCUCCACCGGGAAACCUUCCACCGGUACCCUUCCAGCGGUCCCCUUCCUCGGUUACCCCCUUAACCGAUACCCCGACCGCAACCCUAACCCGGCUCCUUCUCGAGGUCGAAGACACCGGGUGCGGCGUCAGCCCCGAAAAGCGUGACGUCAUCUUUAUGGACUACGCACAGGCGGACGGGGCGGCCACGUCACAGGCGCACGGAGGCACCGGGCUAGGGCUGGGGAUUGUGAAGAAGCUCGUGGGCUUGAUGGGAGGACACGUGGCUUUCGCUGAUAAGCCCGGGCCCGGGUGCCUUGUCCGGUUUGACGUUGCGCUGGAAAACUCCGGUAGAGCGGAAACGGUUAGUGAAACCGGUGCAAAUCAUUGGGCAAGAUUGGAUGUGGUGCUCGCGAUGCGGCCGUUGCAGACGCGAGAACUAGUUUUGAGAAAGUUGCGCGCUCGCGGAGCGAGCGUCUGCCACGUGGCGGCCUGGGAAGACGCCCUGAGCGCCAUCCAGGAGCUCGCUCGCCUCCGCUACUCUCCGAGUGAGUCCGUUCCGGUUGCAAGCGCCUUCGCUGAGCCGUCAACGGAGCCGGCGGAGCCCAGGUUUGAGACAGGGCCCCCGUUGCAAGGGUUUCACAGAGGAGUUGCCGCCGAUCACAGCCAAGGGGUGACGUCCUGUGAAGACGAAGAGCAGAUUAACUGUGCGGUUAUUGAGUUGUCGUUGCUGGGCGAAUUGGGCGACCUACAACAACUAGAACAACUAGAGCGAGAACUCGAGCGGCUACAGGAAGCGACGCUGACGGGCGAUGCCGGCGAACACCAGCGCCAAGUACGAAUUGUUUUCGUCGCCGAAAAGGAUACCCCUCCCACCGUUUGUCAAGUCUUGAAAGAUCACGGCUUUGCGGACAUAGUCUACCUUCCAUUCUACCCCUCCAAACUUAAACGCCUCGUCGAAAGCCUCAUCUCGGAGCCUAUUACCAUCAAUCAAACACUAGUCUCGGACGGGCUUACUUCGAAUACGGACGCAGAAAAUGUACAAAGUGAGCGCCAAUCCACUCGAGGGCUUGCUACAGGACGGCUUAAAUUGCCAGAGGUGAUCCCGGGGAAUCUUGUGAGAAUCGAAGUCAUAUCCCCGAUAGGGGGGUCAAAGUCCCGGAUCAUUCCCCACCCCCCCUCCGUUGAGCCCGCGAACGGACCCCCCCGGCCUCCGCUGGACGGGAUGCGCGCACUCGUGGUGGACGACAACCAGUUCCUGCGCGUGGCUGCAAAGCGCGCGCUCGAAAAGUUGGGCGCGCGCGUGGAGCUGUGUUGCGACGGGAUGGAGAGCGUCAACGCGCUGCGGCUGAGCGCGCUCGGAGCGGCGCCGGCCGCGCGCGCGCGGGUCGACUUCGUAUUGAUGGAUAUCGAGAUGCCGAUUCUCGACGGAUAUGCGGCGACCCGUCUCAUCCGUGAGCUCGAACAACCCCUGGGAGGUCGGAGUACAGUCAUCAUUGCGUAUACAGCCAAUGCAAGCACCGAGGAGCUUCACGAGGCUUGCUCCAGCGCCGGGAUGAACGGAGUGCUGUUCAAGCCCGCCAAGCCGAGCGUCAUUGCGGAAAAGGUGCACGAGUUGAUUACUUGA